CCUCUCCUCCCUCUCCCCCCCACCGCCCUCAUUUUCUCUCUCUACAGCUCCCCCCUCUUUCUCAAUCACUUCUCUUCCCUCUCCGGCAUCCAUGAAGCUAAUCAGCUUCACCACCUUCUUCUCCAAGAAAUCCAAAUCCAAGCUCAAAAAGAAGAAAACCAGCAGCGAAUCUCCUUCCUCUCGAUCGUCAUCCACCACCUACUCCUCCGACGAUCUGACCCCCAAAUCCAUCCUCCCCCGCCGCCACUCCUUCUCCCUCGCCAUCUCCGAUCUCUUCACCGUCUUCGAUCGCGACGGCGACGGCAAGAUCACGAAACGCGAGCUCGAGAGCGUCCUCCGUCGUCUCGCCCCCGAUCCCCCCACCGACGAUGAGCUCACCUCCAUGGUCGCCGAAAUCGAUCUCGACGGCGAUGGUUGCAUCAGCCUCGAGGAACUCGGGGCCAUCGGAUCCGAUACCCUGGCACCCCCAAUCGGAGGCCGCGAGCUCCGCGACGCCUUCGCUGUCUUCGACACAGAUGGAGACGGGAAGAUCUCCGCCGAAGAGCUUCUCGGCGUUUUCAUGGCGAUCGGCGACGUCGGCUGUACUAUCGGCGAUUGCCGGCGGAUGAUCGCCGGCGUUGAUUCGAACGGCGAUGGGUAUGUUUGUUUCGACGAUUUUGUUCGGAUGAUGGACGGACAGAGAUGUUAGGCGUUAUGAACGAACGGUGAUGAUGGAUGGGAUGGAUGGAAGAAACUUUAAUUAAAUCAAAAAGGCUACGAUAAAAUAUCGUAUAUUACAUUUAUUUGUGAUUAAAAGAUUUUGGGACUGAAAAUUUGGGGGUGUGUGUUGAAAUAUUGAAAUAUAUGUGGUUGUAUUUAUGUAAUUUUCUUAGAAAGGUCUAGAAGUUCUAU